CCUCCUCUUCCUCCCCCUCCUCCUCCUCCUCCUCCUCCUCCUCCUCCUCCUCCUCCUCCUCCUCCUCCUCCUCCUCCAGCUCAGGUUGCAGCUUCUCUGGGGAGCCGCUCACCUUUCCGGAGCAGGGGAAGCAGCCCCGAGCCCGGGCAGGGACCCCAGCAGGGCGCAGGGCACGGCGCCCAGCCCCGCGGCACCCCGGCUGUCGCGGGCGGGAGCCGGCGCGCCGCGGCCCCCAGGACACGCGCGGCCCCACUGCCUGGUCCCCGCUGACCAUGAACAAGAUGAAGAACUUUAAGCGCCGCCUCUCCCUGUCCGUACCGCGCACCGAGACCAUCGAGGAGUCCUUGGCCGAGUUCACAGAGCAGUUCAACCAGCUCCACAACAGGCGCAAUGAGGACCUGCAGCUUGGGCCUCUUGGCAGAGACCCCCAGCCAGAGUCCAGCACCGUCUCCCCGACAGACAGCGGGGAGGACCCUGGGCAGCCGUCCCCUGGCAUGCAGUACCGGCGGCAGAACCAGCGCCGCUUCUCCAUGGAGGACAUCAGUAAGAGGCUGUCUCUGCCCAUGGACAUCCGCCUGCCCCAGGAAUUCCUGCAGAAGCUACAGCUGGAGAGUCCAGACCUGCCCAAACCGCUCAGCCGCAUGUCCCGCCGAGCAUCCCUGUCAGAUAUCGGCUUUGGGAAACUGGAAACAUACGUGAAACUGGACAAACUGGGGGAGGGUACCUAUGCCACAGUCUUCAAAGGGCGCAGCAAGCUGACGGAGAACCUCGUGGCCCUGAAGGAGAUCCGGCUGGAGCAUGAGGAGGGGGCGCCUUGCACUGCCAUCCGAGAGGUGUCUCUUCUGAAGAACCUAAAGCACGCCAAUAUUGUGACCCUGCAUGACCUCAUCCAUACGGAGCGGUCUCUCACCCUGGUGUUUGAGUACCUGGACAGUGACCUGAAGCAGUAUCUGGAUCACUGUGGAAACCUCAUGAGCAUGCACAAUGUCAAGAUUUUCAUGUUUCAGCUGCUCCGGGGCCUUGCCUACUGCCACCGCCGAAAGAUCCUGCACCGGGACCUGAAACCGCAGAACCUGCUCAUUAGUGAGAGGGGGGAGCUGAAGCUGGCUGACUUUGGACUGGCCCGGGCCAAGUCAGUGCCCACGAAGACCUACUCCAAUGAGGUGGUGACCCUGUGGUACAGGCCCCCUGAUGUGCUGUUGGGGUCCACGGAGUACUCCACCCCCAUUGAUAUGUGGGGCGUGGGCUGCAUCCACUACGAGAUGGCCACGGGGAGGCCCCUCUUCCCCGGCUCCACGGUCAAGGAGGAGCUGCACCUCAUCUUCCGACUCCUGGGGACCCCUACGGACGAGAUGUGGCCCGGCGUGACCGCCCUGUCGGAGUUCAGAGCCUACAAUUUCCCGCGGUACCUCCCCCAGCCGCUCAUCAGCCACGCUCCCAGGUUGGACACUGAGGGCAUCCACCUCCUGACCAGCCUCCUCCUGUACGAAUCCAAGAGCCGUAUGGCCGCAGAGGCAGCCCUGAGCCACCCCUACUUCCGGUCUCUGGGAGAGCGCGUGCACCAGCUUGAAGAUACGGCGUCCAUCUUCUCCCUGAAGGAGAUCCAGCUCCAGAAGGACCCGGGCUACCGGGGCCUGGCCUUCCAGCAGCCAGGCCGAGGGAAGAGCCGGAGGCAGAGCAUCUUCUGAGCCGCGCCCACCCUGCUGCGGCCCCAGGAGCCCCAGGGACAAGAGGUCACAGCGAGCACAACGGCACAACGGCGGGCAGGACGGGGCCUGCGUGGCCCUGGGGGGACUGAGGAACAAGGGCUAAUGGUUGGCCCAGAAGACCUCUUGGCAGCCAUGCUGGCCACGGCUGUUUCCUCUUCCUGCUUCCCACAAGUCUCCCCUGUGGCCUUCACCUCGACACCAACCCCUCUGUCGUCAGCCCUGGAGCUGGGCUUGAGCUGCUUUCCUUGGGGGGAGAUGAGGAGGAGGGGAGGAGGGGACCGCAGACCCUUUCCCACCCUGAGGUGCUUGGGCACCAGCGUGGGACCCACACAGACGGGAGAAUCCUGGCGUCAGGCUGAGCACUGUGCCCCGAACAUGGGCACCACCGUACCUCCCCGCCAGGGGCUGCCUGCCCACACGUCACUCACUUGCUUCCCCUCUGAGAGCAGGAAGCUCGGGCCACCUUGUCUAGGACCCUGGAAUCCUGGGUGCCCACGUGUGUGCCAAAGCCCACCCCCCACCUGAAGGGCAGGUGUCCCUAGAGCGGCAGAGAAGGGGAGCCCAGCCCACUUCUCCACAUCCUCACCCUGUCCCCAUUCCCCUCUCCUGGCCAGAGGCCCCGUAUGCUGCUGGAUGCCCAGCUGAGUCCAGAGGUGGCCAGUCCCACCAGCUGCACUCCUGCCACCUCAGCUGGCUCCUGCCCAUCCCCCCAUUCUGAACGGGAUUGCCUUAAAUUGGCAGGUGGUAGAGCACUCACUGCCCUUGGAGCUCUAACCCAAGCUCCUACCUGUCCACCCUUUCCCGAAAGUAGCUCCUGCUUAUCAUGCCUGGGUCCUGAUAAGCCAGCCCGGGGCCGGGGUCCGGGGGACGACACCCAGAUAGGCAGGGUCACCCUGAUGCUGGUGCCAGGCCAGCCUCAGCUCCUUGGGGCUCGCACAGCCUCCCCUGUUCCCUCCUUCCCGGCCCCUAGGGCCCGGUCCCAUGCUCCACCCCAUCCUGGCACGAGCCUCCCCAUGCCCCCGGGCUCCCAGAGGGCAGGGUGUAAAUGCCUCAGUCUAAGGUGACGGAAGGUGGGCUAGGACACACAGGCUUUGAUCCCCGCCCUAGGGGGCUGGGAGUUGGAAGGCCCGCAGCCCUGAAGAAGGCCCCCCCUCACCACCCCUUCCAAGCACGCCUGUUGUAUUCCCAAGGUCUCAACACUUGGCUGAAUCUCCAAUGGCAACGCCAAGGGGAGGCCAGGCCCAGCUUCUCUACGAAAGCCCCCUGCCCAGCCCCACCCCUCAGCCCGAGGAGCAGCCCUGGAGGGUCUUGGCCUCCCCACAAGUCCCUCCCCUCCUCCCCGCACUGUACUGUGAAUGUCCCGUGACUCAGCACAAAGACAGAUAAUAUAUUUAAUUCAUGUUGCACAGAAAAGCUGAUUUUGACAGAUUGAUGCCAAAGAUGGAGGAUGGAAGGCCCUUCUCAAGGCCUCAUGAGUGUGGGUGGGGCCUGCUUGUAUAUGUAUAUAUAUAAAGUGGACAGAGAGUUUGGUUCAUGUGCAUCUCUGAACCCACCCUGGGCAUGGGAGGGGUGCCCUGCACCCUUCCUGCUGUAUUCCGGAUGUUGCUGCCUCCAGAGCCGGAAGUCAGCUCUGGGCCUUGUGGGGAGGAGCUGAGGAGGCCUUCGCUCGGGGACGGGGCCUGAGGGGUGGGGCCGGCCAGGAGAGCACAGAGGGAGCCCCGGGGAGGGGUCUGGGAGCCAGCUGCUGUGGCUGCCCCUCUCAUUCCCCCAACCCAACGGCUCCCCGACCUCUUGGGAGGGAAGGAGAGGAGGUUUAAGAGAGGGUUGACAUGGGGGAUGGCCAAGGUCAGGGCACAGAAGGAGGGUGCACGUGUCACUAAUCCAAUCCAGCAGCAAUUUCUACAAACUUUGAAUCCACCUUCUGUUGCCCAGAUCGCCUCUUACCUUGGGGGCCCACAGCCUCCUUUCUCUCUCCCAAAGCUCUCCACAUCCUGCUCUGCUUUCCAGUUCAGUGUCCAGGUUUGCUUUCCCAAGAGCACUGUGAGAAUGCCAGGCCCCAAAUGAUACCUCCUGACCCUACCUGUCCAGCAGCCUCGGUCCCCACUGGCCUUUCCCUUCACCACGCCCACUUGGCCUUGGCGGGGGCAUUUGUGGUUUGCAAUAGCCUGCAGCUGCCUGACAAAAGGUCCUAAUCAGUGAUGGCUGCAGGGGUGGGGCCUGGGGCUGACUCUCCCCUGCCCCACCCUUCCCUUCCUGUGGGCUCCCCGUCAUCCUGCCCCUACUGUAUGGUCCAGUGGUCGGGGCUGAUGUCCCACAGGCCGCUACUGCCUUCGCCCUACCGGGCCGCCUGGCCCAGCUAAAUGGUAGGCCAGGCCUCCUUCUUUUCUUCCUUGAAGCAACUCAGCCCCUUGCGGCCCAUCUUUCCACCUCCAUCUGCUUGGACCCCUCCUUCCCGUCUCGACGCUCCACAGCAUUCCACCAGCCCUUCGGUCUCUAGAGCAAAUCAUCAGCACCAUGAAUUGGUCACGGACUGGUUGGUCCUGUGCUGGGCGCCAGGACACCCAGGUGCAUGUGU